AUGACGGAUCUACUGACAGUGCUUACAAGUUCGGACGCUAUAGCCAAAAAGGAAGUGAAUAUACCGUCGAAGAAGAUAUUGGAGUCAACCUUAGAGCAGAAGGAAAAUUAUAGAACACCGUUCAUUGGAUUUAAUUAUACAGAUUACCUUGAUGUUGCUCUUACCAAUCAAACACAACCUCUUUUCACCAGAUACGAGGAGUAUAUUAGCAUCAAGGAUAGUCAGGCAAGAGACUACAGGCACGCCAACAAAAACUUUCUUGAUUUGAUGAUGGAUUAUUCCAAGAGGACUUUUAUCCCUCUUAAUGUCCUGCAAAGGCAUUUCACUUGCAACCAAGUAUCACUACCAGAAGAUAUUGAGGAGAGGGUUAUCAGCCAGAUCUACCAGGCUAAUACCCCAGAGCAAGUGAGUCGACUUGUCUUGGCAUUGGCCGACAAGCUGAAUAGAUAUACUGUUGCAAACAUCGUUAGUGGUAUGCUGCUUUACUUGUUGAAAGAGAAAUCUGAACAAUCCGCUUCUGCCAUCCGUUCAUUGGCUCAGUAUGUGGCAUUCGAAGUUGUCGAAUUUGAUCAGGCGGAAAUCGAAGGAUUGGUGGGUCAACUCGCUAUUAAUGGCGAAAUGGACCAUGCAUCUUUAAUAAUAUCAAGCUUUGACAAGAUAAACGGGCCCGCAACCAACUUCAUAAACUCGGCAUCACCGUCAAUAAAAUUAGAGUUAUUUGACGGAUAUACUUGUUCGAGGAGUUUUCAGUUAGCUUCAGAGUACCUAGAGAGCCUCAUAAUCGUUGACAAAGCAUGUCCACCUACUGAAUCUAUUGAGAAAUAUUUAGAAAUGGUUUCCAGUAUAGCUGGAGCGAUCAAGUCUAACUUCAGAAGUAAGAAGCUAGUGUUUAACGCCUACUCUUCCUCUGUGGCUUACACCAUGAGAGUGCCAGGGACGCUCAGUGCCAAGUUGGUGAAAAUAAUAAUACCAUGGUUAACGAAAAGCGAAUUUCCUUGGUUUGUGAACUUUCUAAAGCUUUGUCCAGGGUACCAGAACGUGAUGCCGAAAUGUGCUGGAAAACUACUGGAGACAUACGCCAAAGAGAUAGGCAGACUCGAUGAUUCCAAUGUGGAUAAAUCAAUCUCAUUAACGGCAUUCAUCUCACAGAUGGAGAUUCCAAAGAGCUCUUUUGACUCGGAAACAAAACAGUUGAUAGCUACACUGUAUGCCACUUUUAAAUCGCCAAUAGCUACAAAAUUAUGGGUUGAUAACUUGGAGAAGAAGGCAGACUCCGAUUUCAUAAAUGAGCUCAUCAAACUUUUAAAGCCGAAUCUGAAAGGCUCAAUGAUUGACCAACCAUUACCGGGACGACUACCGUCGGAUUCCCUCAGGGUGAUCGAACAACUGAGGGAUGAAAUAUAG